AUUCGUAAAGGUUGAUUGGUGAAGUGCAUCAGGGAGUGUUGUUGUGGAAAUCUCUAAAACAGGAGGGGGCACGCUUGUGAGACAAAGAAACAUCGCGAAAACCGAUCCGCAGUCUGGGUGACGAAACAAAGUCACCAUUCGCCGUCAGACCUCGGGUAGCGAAUCACAACGCCAUUGUUGUUCAUCGUAGUUUAGUCAUCGUUUGCAAUAGCUUCGACGGCGCGACGCAAUAGUACGGUGCGCUCGGUUCCAUUCUCAGCCUCGCUGCUAGGACGAAUCCUAGCCUACGAUGGCCGUGAGGGGUACCAGAGUCAGCUCGACAUCCGACUCCGGGGGUGCCCCAGAAAACUUUCACAUCACGUACUCGCACGACGGCACCGAUGACGAGGAGGCCAUCGAGGCAACCGUGCACGACGGUGAUCUGCUCUCCGCGUCCAGCUUUCAGAUCGGUGGGCUCGUGGGGGGAAGUACUCUGCGGUGUCCCCUGUGCGGAGCCCACCGACGUCAGUUUCACUGCAAAUCAUGUAUCCGACACGGAGACUUUUUGCACACGGCCACCGGUGUGUACCACCUUCCGGAGCGCUUCGUUGAGAAGCAGCAGAGACUGCGGAACCUUCGCACUGCCAAUGCAACCCUCGAGGCUAAGGGCACGCACAUGCUGGCGAAACACUUCCACGCGGGGAAGCUGGCCGGUGAGAUCAAGCAGCGUACGGAUCGGGCGAAUAUCAUCCGCAAAACGAUCGAAUUGAAGCGGACGGCGAUCGAGGAGCUGCGUGCGAAACAACGCUCGCUCGGCGAUGAAAUUCGUAAGCUGCGCAUCAAGCUUCCUCGGUACGACGAUAAGGUGAAAAAUCUGAGCGAGUUCGUUAUGCGCAAGCUCGAGGAAAGUGAGCACCGGAAGGCCCAGCUGGCCACGGUACAGGAUCGGCUGCGGUUGAUGAAGCGUGACCAUGUCCAGCAAUUGGUACGCUACAUUUUUCCCAUUACGCAGACGAUUGUGAGCCGAAGCCAGCUGACGGUCGGUGGCAACAUCAGCACGGCCAGCAGCUCUAGUGGGGGAAGCUCCCAGGGCCCCGGGAAUACCCGUAGCACGAUCAACGAAAUCUCGGACGCCACAAGGACGGCGUACGUGCGAGGGCAGUGGGUGCUGCAGGAUAGCUUCGGGGAAGUGCAGCAUGUCAUCGUUGCACCUGCUCUACCCGGAACGGGAAACUAUUCGGCGUACCCCGAAUGGACGACGGGAACAGGUGGAACCGUCACGGUGCUGGAUCCACCCUCAGUAGCCACAUCCACGGGCGGUGAAAAUCCGUACACUCCCCGGGUUGGCUGCCACAAUCCGGCACACACGAUAGCGGCCGCACUCACGUACACCACCCAGCUGGUACACCUGAUUGCAUUCUACCUCGACGUGCUGCUCCCGUUCCGGGUGGCUUACUCCGACUUCUGCACUACCGCCCUUCCGGAGGCGCAGUUCACCCGGAAGGUGGCCCGACUGAACGCGGACAUUGUGCACCUGUGCCACACCCAGGGCUGCCGCCUAAACGACAUGAACCCGACGCACACGCUCGAAAACGUGCUGUGUCUGCUAAAGUCUCCCGAUCUUGGCCUCUGCGGUCCAACCGAUCGCACCAGUUGCCUAUCCGAUUCGAUGGAGCAGCUGCUGGUGCAGCACAUUGGCGAGGAUUCCGAUUCGGAGGAUGAAACCAUCAUCCACCAGGAAUGGGAAGCAGUUCCGAGCAACCUUUCACCCGUUACGGUCGAACAGCCGUACCUCCCACUCGAACAUCGUCACCGGGCGGUGGGAGCAGGUGGCCACUACCCGCACGGACUUCAACAACCACCGGCCGCAGCAACCAGUCUCAUGACGAGUGCCUUCGCUUCGGUCAGCUCGUUCUGGAAAGGUUGGACUGGGAAGUAAAUACCAUUUCCAAGAAUGUUCCCGCAACAGUUAAGCCGGAAGUAAGGUGUUUUUUUUACUUAGACUCGGGAGAUUAUUAUUCUCAUUCCUACAUAACAUAUACCCCAAUGACAAUGGUGGUAUUUAUGUUGGCUGUAAGAUGGAUCGCUUUUUCUUUACAUAAAUGUGAUAAAACGAUGUAGACAGGCACGUGUGCCAUCUUUCUUCGCAUUCCCCGCAAGGGGGGAGGAAGUGGCCAAGUUAGGCUUACCGACGCCGAACACACGGUGGUCGUGUAAUAGUUCAACGCGCAUCAUCAGAGAACAAACGAACUACAGAUAGGAGCUACUACAAUAAAUAUAAAUAUAUAGCACAAAUUUUUACACAAAGCGGCUUCCUUCGAAAGGGAGAACGUGGGCCGUGUUGGACGGGCAUCAAAACAGGAAUUACAUUGGAACAAAGUUAUAUCACGGUACAAAACGGGGCGUAAGAAUAGUAUCUUAAAACACUCCCAAAGCCAAACGGGAUGCUUUUCUCACGUUCGUACUCGCCAGUAGUGACCCUUAAACAUGAAUUUUAUGUUGUAUAUAUAUAAUGAUUAACAAUUGUUUGAUGGAGACAAUAUCCACAAAAUGACCGCUUUCAAGUAGUUAGCAGGUUAAAGUGUACGGAAUAGCAAACUCAAAGAAACAUCCGUUCAUCGUUUUUAUUUUACAAAACCCCCGAAAUUAGAAACUCUCGAACGGGGGAAAACAAUAGAAGCAUACAUAUAAACUGUGAUUAACAAUAAAAUCAACUUUUGUUAUAAAAUUAAAA